GUGAUUGGAAUAACGAAGAGGCAUACGGAUGAGUGAGCCCAAUGAGUGUCGGUGCUGAGCGGCUCGUGGUGUGGGCGCGGGGAUGAGAGGACACCCGGGCUGCUCGGCCAUUCGGCGCUGAGGCGGAGAUCCGCCGCACCGACGCCGCGACCCAUGGGCUUGGCAGGCCGCGCUUCUGGAGUCGAAGAAACCGUCUAGCGCAAAAAAAAAGGUAGCCACACACAACUUUGGGUUCACUGAAUUAUGGAAAUUUUGUGGAAGACGGUGACUUGGAUUUUGAGCCUAGUCAUGGCCGCUUCGGAGUUUGACAGUGACACAAGGCUUUCUUACAGUUCACAAGAGGAAUUCCUUUCUUACCUUGAACAUUAUCAGCUAACGGUUCCUGUCCGGGUGGACCAUAACGGAGAUAACCUGAACGACAAUGAGAAAAACUAUAGGCAUUCAAGGCGAAGGAGAAGUUCGGAUGUUACACCCCGAGAUCCAGCCGAUUCUAAGUUAUUUUACAGACUGUCUGCCUAUGGAAAGCACUUUCAUUUAAACUUAAGUUUAAACACUAAUUUAAUCUCCAGACAUUUUAUCGUAGAAUAUUGGGGAAAUCAUGGUCCAGAAUGGAAACACGAUUUUAUUGAUAACUGCUAUUACGUGGGAUAUGUAAAGCAUGAGCACAGCACUACAAAAGUGGCUGUAAGCAACUGUAAUGGUCUGCAUGGUGUUAUUGUAACAGAAGAGGAUCAGUAUUUCAUUGAGCCAUUACAGAAUAUAUCCAAGGACAAUAACAGUGACCAUAAAUAUGGUGAAGGCCACCCUCAUGUUGUUUACAAGCGUUCCUCCAUUCGACAAAGACACCAGACCAACAUGUCAAACUGCGGAGUUCUAGAAGACCACACACGAAGAAGAAAGCCUUGGUGGUUAAACGAUCUCUCAGCUGUUUCAACCUCGUUGCCAAAUAACAGAACUACAAAUAGUCCCCACCGACAAAAGAGAUCAGUAAGCCUUGAGCGCUUUGUGGAAACUCUGGUAGUAGCGGACAAAAUGAUGGUGGGAUACCAUGGCCGCAAGGACAUCGAACAUUAUAUCCUGUCUGUAAUGAAUAUUGUUGCCAAACUUUACCGUGAUUCCAGUCUAGGAAAUGUUGUGAACAUUAUUAUCACUCGUCUGAUUGUUCUUACUGAAGAUCAGCCAAACUUGGAGAUAAAUCAUCAUGCAGACAAGUCCUUGGACAGCUUCUGUAAAUGGCAGAAAUCCAUUCUUUCUCACCAAAAUGAUGGAAACACCAUUCCAGAAAAUGGGAUUGCUCAUCAUGAUAACGCUGUUUUAAUUACUAGGUAUGACAUCUGCACCUAUAAAAAUAAGCCUUGUGGAACUCUGGGCUUGGCCUCAGUGGCUGGAAUGUGUGAGCCUGAGCGAAGCUGCAGCAUCAAUGAAGAUAUUGGCUUGGGUUCAGCAUUCACAAUUGCACAUGAGAUUGGUCACAAUUUCGGCAUGAACCAUGAUGGAAUUGGAAACUCCUGUGGGACGAAAGGUCAUGAAGCAGCAAAGCUCAUGGCAGCUCACAUUACUGCCAACACCAAUCCAUUCUCCUGGUCUACAUGCAGCAGAGAUUAUAUCACCAGCUUUUUGGAUUCUGGGCGUGGAACUUGCCUGGAUAACGAGCCACCAAAGCGUGAUUUUCUUUAUCCAACAAUAGCACCAGGACAGGUGUAUGAUGCUGAUGAACAGUGUCGGUUCCAGUAUGGCACCACGUCACGACAAUGUAAAUAUGGGGAAGUAUGCAGAGAACUCUGGUGCCUCAGUAAGAGCAAUCGAUGUGUAACCAACAGCAUCCCUGCAGCUGAAGGUACUCUAUGCCAGACAGGAACUAUUGAAAAAGGGUGGUGUUAUCAAGGAGAAUGUGUACCUUUUGGUACUUGGCCUCAGAGUGUAGAUGGGGGCUGGGGACCAUGGUCCAUAUGGGGAGAAUGCAGUAGGACAUGUGGGGGAGGAGUCUCCUCAUCUCUAAGGCACUGUGACAGUCCAGCGCCUUCUGGUGGAGGGAAGUACUGCCUUGGAGAAAGAAAGCGAUAUCGCUCUUGUAACACUGAUCCUUGUCCAAUUGGAUCACGUGACUUUCGUGAAAAGCAGUGUGCAGACUUUGAUAAUUUACCUUUCCGUGGGAAGUAUUACAACUGGAAGCCAUACACUGGAGGUGGUGUUAAGCCAUGUGCUUUGAACUGCUUGGCUGAAGGAUAUAACUUUUACACUGAACGGUCUCCUGCAGUCAUUGAUGGAACUCGCUGUCAUGCAGACUCACUGGACAUAUGUAUUAAUGGAGAAUGCAAGCAUGUAGGCUGUGAUCACAUUUUGGGCUCUGAUGCAAAAGAAGACAGAUGUCGUGUUUGCGGGGGUGAUGGAAGCACAUGUGAAGCAACAGAAGGUUUAUUCAAUGAUUCCCUGCCUCGUGGAGGAUACAUGGAAGUAGUUCAGAUUCCAAGAGGCUCAGUCCAUAUUGAAAUACAGGAACUGGCAAUGUCAAAAAACUAUAUUGCUUUGAAAUCUGAAGGUGAUGAAUAUUACAUAAACGGUGCCUGGACUAUUGACUGGCCAAGAAAAUUUGAAGUUGCUGGCACAGCUUUCCAUUAUAGGAGACCUGCAGACGAGCCAGAGUCUUUGGAGGCAUUAGGGCCCACUACAGAAAAUUUAGUUGUCAUGGUGCUUCUGCAAGAACCGAACCAAGGGAUUCAGUACAAGUUUAACGUUCCAAUCACGCGCACUGGUAGUGGUGAUACAGAAGUGGGAUUUACAUGGCAUCAUCUGCCAUGGUCAGAAUGCUCAGCCACCUGUGCUGGAGGUGCUCAGAAACAAGAAGUAGUUUGUAAAAGAUUAGAUGACAAUUCCAUUGUCCAGAAUAGUUAUUGUGACCCUGAUAGUAAGCCACCAGAAACUCAGAGAGCUUGCAAUACGGAACCAUGCCCACCAGAAUGGUUUAUUGGAGACUGGUCAGAAUGCAGCAAAACUUGUGAUGGUGGAAUGCGUAUACGAACUGUAUUGUGCAUUAGGAAAAUUGGACCAUCUGAGGAAGAAACUCUGGAUGACAGCCACUGUCUCACCCACAGGCCUGUUGAGAAAGAGCCCUGUAAUAACCAGUCCUGUCCCCCGCAAUGGGUUGCGCUGGAUUGGUCUGAGUGUACUCCCAAAUGUGGCCCAGGAUUUAAGCAUCGAAUUGUUUUAUGUAAGAGCAGCGACCUGAGCAAGACUUUCCCGCCCUCCCAUUGCUCGAGUGAAAGCAAACCUCCAGCCCGGAUUCGUUGCAGCCUUGGGCGAUGUCCACCUCCUCGAUGGGUCACUGGAGAAUGGGGCCUGUGUUCUGCACAAUGUGGUCUGGGCCAGCAGAUGAGAACAGUUCAAUGUCUUUCAUAUACCGGCCAGCCAUCUACUGAGUGUCCUGAAACCCUUCGACCACCCUCAAUGCAACAGUGUGAGAGUAAAUGUGACACUACUCCUAUCACCAAUGCAGAAGAAUGCAAAGAUGUGAACAAAGUGGCUUACUGCCCACUGGUGCUGAAAUUCAAGUUCUGCAGCAGGGCGUACUUUAGACAGAUGUGCUGUAAGACCUGCCAAGGACACUGACCCAAAGCAAGCCUCGUUAAUUCUAUCAUGGAAAAUGUGCCUGCCCUGAAUUCAAAAAGGAUCGGGAUUUGAUGUCCCACAAACUCUACCCUGUGGAAAUUGUAACCACUGGUCAGCUUCAGCUGACAAUAAUUUGCUGUUAUUUUAACUUCUGUGAAGUGGGAUUUUUUUUUAACUAAGGUGCUGGACACAGAGUGGAGGAGAUGCCAGUUCUAAGUUUUCUGCUCAGCAACAUGAAAAACACUCAGCUGUUAUGGACACGCACGUUCACUUGAACAAAUUGAAUAGUUGGUUCAUCUCCAGGGACCAGAAAGUUAAUGUAAUAUAUAUUGGACCUAAAUAAGAGAGAACAGUUUGUAUAUGUUCAAAAGCUGAUAAAGCAGAAAAUAAUAAUUAUGUGAGCUUGCCUAGCUAAAUAAAAACUCUGAAAGAUAUGCUUUCAACACACUUUAGGAACAAUUACAAUUAUUUAUCUCUCACAACAGUGACCAAAAGAAGUUUUAUAGUAUCAACAGAUAAGUUAUUUAAUAAAAACCAAAAAUGGAACAGAUUUCAUCUGUAAAUGGUGCUACAUUUCUAGUCCUUUCCACUAAAAUUCCUAUUUUCAAAGCUAUGUGGUUUAUAAAGAUGAUACCCCAACACUGGAAAUCUGAGUCAGAUUUGCUCCAUUUAGUAAAUGAAAGUGAAUUGAAACAUUAUUCCAGUAAGGCUAUUGAGUGCAUCCAAAUCAAUGAAGGUUUCUUGCUGCCAACCAGACAUUGAAGUUUCAAACUCAAGUGUACAAUGUAAUUUUAACACUUUUUAAAUUUACUAUGUUUUUUUUUUAAACAAAGGCAAACAUGGAUGUUGCUUUACCAUUGUGAAGUAAGGGAAGGCAGAGAUCACACAGCCAGUGCCUUCCCAAUAUCAAUGAUGCGCAGAGCCUGAAAUGUACUGCUCUAACUGCCCUUGUUUACACCACUGGUCUUAGAAUGGCUUUGUCCAUUGAGACCACCAUGCUAGGUAUAACAUGCAGACUAAAUGCUUUGAUAUCAAAAAAACUUGCAAUAAAAAAAAUGCUCCAGAUGCUUUUCUAUUUCAAAAGAGGAAACCCUUGUUUCAAAAUCAAUUUUGUGCUGCUAUCAAGAUAAAUGCAGCCAAAGAAUAUUUGGAAAAGAGAAAAUAUGAAUGAUGUUAGAAGCUUUAGUAGCACUACUCUCAGUAGGAGUAUUAGCAAUACAUUAUGUUUAGAUUUGACAAUGUAUUGUUUACCUGAAAUAAUAUUUAAAUGUGAAACCACAUAGUAUUUGUACACUAAAGGUAAAAACAGACAUGAUUCCAAAGCCCAGUGCUUGCAAAGUAAAUGGCCUAGCUUGAUUAAAGACUCAAUAUGGAGGUAAUAAAAGAGGAUACUUGUUCAUAUUACUAUAGUACUUGAACACUUGCAAGCUGCAGCAAGUACUUAAUGAAUGUGCAUUUGUGUUGAACUGUGCCUCUUUUGUCUAGUGCAAUGAACCUAUGGUAAGUGAGAAUAUUUGUAAAUCAUUGUGUACAAAAUCCAUUAACAUGCAAAACAGGGCACUUUUCAUCAGUUAAGUGAGAUUCUGUAGAUUUUGAAUGAAACAAAUGUUUAGUAGAGUACAUUUAUUUUCAUUUCAAAGGAAUUAUUUUAAAGUAAUUUUCGUGAAAAAUGUGAUUCUUUAAAAUAAAGAAAACUAACUAGCUAAUUACACAUCAGCUAAAAUAUUUAAUCAGCGAGGAUGUGAUUUGUUACACAACAAUGUACAAUUUAAUAAUUUCCUCUAAUGGCAUCUUGCACAGGAAAUUGUCAUUUUGCAUAUUUUUAUAAAGUCAUAUGUAUGAAAAAAACCUUUCCAGAUGUACAGUAAAUGCAGAACAACAUAGUUUUUGACAAUCUAUAUAGGAUGUUGUGCUGCACACUCAGUUAUAACCAUGAAAAUCUUGUCUGUCACCUACUACCUCUGGACAGUAUUUUUAAACUGCUUUCUGCUAUAACACAACUGGCCUUGCCAAUGAGGUGCUUGUUCAAAUGCCUAUAAUUGGGCUUGCUUACAAACUAGUUCCAUAUAUUGGACAUCAUCUUGAAUAAAACUAACCAGUCUACCUUGGUGCUAUAAUGCCUUGAGAAAUCUGAGCUAUCAUAAAGGGAACUGUGUUGCUAUGACAAUCCCAAGAACCAGUGCUUAAUACUCCAGGGCAUGACUGUUUUAAUCAAUAAAUAUUUCACUUUAACAAAGAACUAUGAUUAACUAAUUCCUCUUUACCUCAGAUUAUGUGUUAACAUUGCAAAGACUUGUUUCCAUGGAUUGGUUUGUUUAUUGUUUUGUGGUACUGGUGCUAUAUAACAAGGGAGUUGAAUGCACAUAUAUCUACACUAUAAGAGAGCACUGACAGUUGAAUUAAUGCAACUCCCUCAAGCUCUAUUGGAUAACAUUAUCAAAGGGAGAAGGAUAAAAAAAACCUUAAUAAACCAAAAAGAACAUAAAAUUUUCAACUGGGACCCAAAUAAAUUGGACAGAAAUUAGAUCAGAAAGUGUUUAAAUAGCACAGUUUAUUGCUGCUGCUACCUUGUAGCCACCUUAAUAUCAAUGACUGAAUCCUUUGUAGUUCUCAAGCUGAUAACAGUUAAUUGUUUAAGCUGUAAAGGAAUUUGACAGGCCUGCCAUACUGAGAAGAACACUACUUUGUAGGCAGUACAAUGAAGAGCCCAAGGCAGACACCUACAGUAUUAUUAGCAUCUGGUCAUGUAGAGUAAGAAAGGGCUUGUUCACAGAAAUACCCCCAAGGUGCAUACUUCAUGGAGCGGUACAUUUAAUUAUGGACUCUAUUAAUCACUGAAUGUCACAUAAAUAUCCUUAUCCAGAAUGGAACUAGCAUUGUAUUAUUGUGAUUAGUUGCUUAUAUUUUACAUUCAGUAUUAAUGUGGUACACUGUUAUUAAAUAUUUCCUUUUUGGUAAAUUAUAUGCUAAUUUAUUGCCAUGUUUCAUGACACUUGUUCUCCAUUCAUUUCACUACGUAUAUUGAAAGUUAAUGCUGAAUGCAGUGAAAUGGUGUUCUGUAUUUGUGACACAGGACUGUUUCUUUGGUAAUUUAAAACAAUAAAAGUGCAGCUUCUA